GACUCCACAUCUAGCUGGAACCUGUGCUCUCUGCCUGCAGAAGCCAUGAACCUGUAACUGGGGAAGCUUCUCUUCAACCAAUGUGUUACCACCGGAUCUGCAGUGCAGGAGCCAGCUGCUGCCAGGGUCCCUGAUAGCCCGUCAGCUCAGCAUCCUCCAAAGGGUAUCUGAUAGGCUCAGCACAGGUAUAAAUCACCCAUCCCGUUCAGCUGGACUGCAGUGAGCUUGAGCCAGAACGCUACUAUCAUGGCCAACCAGGCUUGGAGCACUCCACUGAAAUUCGGAAGAAGCCACGUUCACUCAUCCAGGAACCAGAGUUCAUGAGUCUGAAUGAUGAGUGGAGGGAAGCUCCGGGUGCGCCGCGCUCGUGGUGCCGACCUCGCGGCGAGCGAGCGAGCGAACGAACGCACCUCUCGGCUGGGCGAGAGCGGGAAAGCGAGCGGUGUGACCGGCGGGGCGCCGCUGUGGGAUGCCGAGCGGGGGAAGCCAGAUCCCUGGGAGGUGUGUUUGAAUCCUAGAAAUGCUCUAGGAUGAUGGGGCCAGCUGGGCUAGACCUGCCUACAUGAUCCCACUGCCUCCAGCCCUUGCCCUGCCUGCCCAUCAUGCUGUGCUCCUGGCGUGGAAAACUGAAGCUGCUGCUCGCCACUGUAACGCUGGUGAUCCUUGUCUCAUGGCUCUGUGUCUUUCUGGGCACUAUACAAAAUGGUCGUUCCCUCCUAUUGUCCCCUUGCUUUGGGGAUCGGCUGAGCCAGGACCAGGAGCGAGAGGCCUUAGCAUCCCAAGUGCGCAAGGUGGUAGAGGAGAACCAACAACUGCGCCUGUUGCUCAGUCAGUCUCAAGUGCAGGCUGGGGCUGUGGGCAGGAGUGAUGGCAGCCAGCAAGGGACAGCCUCCUUUGAGAAUGAGGACACCCCUGCGGACGAGAGGAGCAACCGCACGGGCUGCUCUAAGCAGCAGGCGGUGCAGAAAUGUGAGCUUCUGCACGUAGCGAUUGUGUGCGCAGGUCACAAUGCGAGCCGAGAUGUGGUCACCCUGGUGAAAUCCAUCCUCUUCCACAGGAAGAACCCUCUCCAUUUCCACCUCAUCACGGACUCUGUGGCUCAGCAGAUCCUGCAGACUCUCUUCCAGUCCUGGAUGGUGCCCUCUGUCCACGUUAGCUUCUACAAUGCAGACAAUUUGAAGCCAGAGGUGGCGUGGAUUCCCAACAAGCAUUACUCUGGGAUUUAUGGGCUGAUGAAGCUGACGCUCACGAAGGCACUGCCCUCCAACCUCUCCAAGGUCAUUGUCUUGGACACAGACAUCACCUUUGCCACUGACAUCGCUGAGCUGUGGGCCAUCUUCGGGAAGUUCUCUGAUAAGCAGGUGGUUGGGCUGGUGGAGAACCAGAGUGACUGGUAUCUCGGAAACCUGUGGAAGAACCACAAGCCAUGGCCAGCGCUGGGACGUGGCUUCAACACAGGGGUGAUCCUGCUGCUGUUGGAACGGCUGCGCCAGAUUGGCUGGGAGCAGAUUUGGCGGCUGACAGCAGAGCGGGAGCUCAUGAGCAUGCUGUCCACCUCGCUGGCAGAUCAGGACAUCUUUAAUGCAGUGAUUAAGCAGAGUCCAGUGCUGGUGUACAAGCUCCCCUGUUUUUGGAAUGUGCAGCUGUCCGACCAUACCCUCUCAGAGCAGUGUUACUCAGAGGUCUCUGAUCUUAAGGUGAUCCACUGGAACUCGCCCAAAAAGCUGCGGGUGAAGAACAAGCAUGUGGAGUUCUUCCGGAACCUCUACCUGACCUUCCUGGAAUAUGAUGGGAACCUGCUGCGCAGGGAGCUCUUCGGCUGUGCCAGCCUGCCCAGCCCACCAGGAAACCAACUGCAGCAAGCCCUGGAGGACUUGGAUGAGGAUGACCUCUGCUAUGAUUUCCGCUGGCAGCACCUUAUGAUGCACCGCAUCCACCUGUUCUUUCUGCAGUAUGAGGUCCCGGCCUCACCUGACCCUGCUGAUGUCAGCCUGGUAGCCCAGCUCUCCAUGGACAGGUUGCAGAUGCUAGAGGCAAUCUGCAAACACUGGGCAGGCCCCAUCAGCCUGGCGCUGUACAUGUCGGACGCAGAGGCCCAGCAAUUCCUGCGCUAUGCCCAGGGCUCGGAAGUGUUAAGCAGCCGCAGGAACGUCGCCUACCACAUUGUGUACAAGGAGGGGCAGUUCUACCCUGUCAACCUGCUGCGCAACAUUGCCCUGACCAAUGCACGGACGCCCUAUGUCUUCCUGACAGACAUCGACUUCCUGCCCAUGUAUGGGCUCUAUGAUUACCUCAGGAACUCCAUCCGGCAGCUGGAGCUGUCCCAGCGAAAGGCAGCACUCAUCGUGCCAGCAUUUGAGACUCUGCGCUACCGUCUUUCCUUCCCCAAAUCCAAAGUGGAGCUGCUCUCCAUGCUGGACAUGGGCUCCCUCUACACCUUCAGGUACCAUGUGUGGCCAAAGGGCCAUGCCCCAACCGACUAUGCGAAGUGGCGGACAGCGACAGUGCCGUACCGUGUGGCGUGGCAGCCAGACUUCGAGCCUUACGUUGUAGUGAGGCGUGACUGCCCCCACUAUGAUCAGAGAUUUGUGGGCUUUGGUUGGAACAAGGUGUCUCACAUCAUGGAACUUGAUGCCCAGGAGUAUGAGUUCCUGGUCCUGCCCAAUGCCUUCAUAAUCCACAUGCCUCAUGCCCCCAGCUUUGACAUCUCCAAGUUCCGCUUGAGUGCUGGCUACCGGGGCUGUCUACAGACGCUGCGGGAGGAGUUCCACCAGGACCUGUCGCGUAGGUAUGGUGCCGCUGCACUCAAAUACCUCACUGCUGAGAGAAACCUGUGAUGCCGAGGGACAGCGUGGUGCAGGGCUGGAGUGGGAAGGGGACAGACUUCUUCCUUCCUCCGUCGCUUGUUGGGAUCCCCUGCCUGAAAAGGGAUCAAACCCGCAGCACCAUUUCCCUAGCACAGGAGCAGUAGUUCCCAUUAGGAAGGAAAGAGCCAAGAAAAAGGAGCUUAGGGUUAUUGGGGCUGAGGGAGCAGAGCAUCAGAGCUGAGGGUUUCCUCAUAGCAGUUGAAAGGACAGGACAACCUUGCUAAACUUCUAGCAUGAGGGCUGCAUGGAGCCCAUCUCCCUCUUAAGGGCAUGGAUGAGAUCGGUUCCUGUUGUUCAGUUUCCAGAGCUUUGGCCAGUGUAAAUGACCCUAGGGGAUUCCGCUGCAGUCCACUUGGGCACCCUUCCCAGCCUCACAAAACUAUCUGACGCUCUGUAAGAUGAUCUCUUGCUUGAUUUCUUCAGCUCCUGUCUUUUACCCUGUGGGGCUCCUUUAGGUCCCUUCACAGUUACACCUGUUAGGUGUAGCUUAGCCCUGUGAGACAGGCUGAACUUAGCUCUUAAUCUCUCCUGCUCCCCAAGUUGUGAUUAUCUGAACUCUAUCCCUGGGCCUGGAGGGAGCUGAAGCACCCCCCUGCUUCCCCUAGGAGACGGCAGGCUACAGGAUGGGUCUCUGGGGAUAUACCUACACUGCAAUAAAAACAUGCAGCUGGCAGGGAGUGCAGAGCUAUAAAACUGCAGUGCAGGUAUUUGGGCUGAGGCUGGAGCUGAAGCUCUGUGACCCUGCCUGCUUGUUUGCAGGGGGCUGCAUUUGCACAAGAGUAUUCCCAUUUCUUACUGGCUGAGGCUCUGUACACAACAGCUGCCUACCUGCAGGCCCAAGGGUUUGGUUUCUGCACUUUGUAGAAGUGCAGGCUUUAGCUGGCCAGCCCACACCACUGACCUACACAGCCGAAAUCUUCCAUGGGUAGCUGGGACUGUAGGCAAGGGAAGGCACUGCUUUCCCAAAAUUGCCUACAAGUCCUGGCCACCCUGAAAGGCUGCAGCCCAGCAACCCUGACCCUCUACCUGGCCAGGAAGGAUCAGGCUGGGGGAGGGGAGGGAGGGUUUGGCUCCAGAGGCAGGCCCUUAGGUGGAAGGGGGGCAGGGCUGGCGCUUGCCUUCUCCAGCUGGGCCUUCCCCGGCCACCCAUACCAUCUUCCCAGAGAGGACGGCAAAGCCUGUCCAUCUUUCCCAUUGGCUGCGUCUAGACUGGCAUGGUUUCGCAGAUAUAUUUUUAACGGAAAAGUUUUUGUGUUAAAAGUAUUUCCGCAAAAGCGGGUCUAGAUUGGCACAGAUGCUUUUGCG